AUGAGUGCGGAUCUGGUGGCAGCGAAUACACAUGGAAAUUUGGACGAGCAGAUUGCUCAGCUCAUGCAGUGCAAACCAUUGUCGGAGCCCGAGGUUAGGACUCUAUGUGAGAAGGCUAAAGAGAUACUAAUGGAGGAAAGUAAUGUACAGCCUGUCAAAAGCCCCGUGACAAUUUGUGGUGAUAUUCAUGGGCAAUUUCACGAUCUUGCUGAACUUUUCCGCAUUGGGGGGAAGUGUCCAGAUACAAAUUAUCUAUUUAUGGGAGACUAUGUAGAUCGUGGGUAUUAUUCAGUCGAAACUGUCACUCUUUUAGUGGCUCUGAAAGUGCGUUAUCCUCAACGGAUUACUAUUCUUAGGGGAAAUCAUGAAAGUAGACAGAUUACGCAGGUCUAUGGAUUUUAUGAUGAAUGCCUGCGGAAGUAUGGAAAUGCUAAUGUUUGGAAGACUUUCACGGACUUAUUUGACUACUUCCCUUUGACUGCAUUGGUUGAAUCAGAAAUAUUUUGUCUGCAUGGUGGGCUUUCCCCCUCUAUCGAGACCCUUGAUAAUGUAAGAAACUUUGACCGGGUUCAAGAAGUUCCACAUGAAGGUCCCAUGUGUGAUCUUUUAUGGUCUGACCCUGAUGAUCGAUGCGGUUGGGGUAUCUCCCCCCGUGGUGCGGGAUACACGUUUGGCCAGGACAUAUCAGAGCAAUUCAAUCAUACCAACAACUUAAAUCUAAUUGCUAGAGCUCAUCAGUUGGUUAUGGAGGGAUACAAUUGGGCCCAUGAACAAAAGGUUGUCACAAUUUUCAGUGCUCCAAAUUAUUGUUAUCGUUGUGGGAAUAUGGCAUCCAUUUUGGAAGUUGAUGAUAACAGAGAGCAUACUUUUAUCCAGUUUGAGCCAGCUCCAAGGAGAGGGGAACCUGAUGAUUUAUUUGCUUUAGAUCUUUCGGUGUAUCGAGUAGUUCAUCCGAACAGGGUAAAUUUUGUAUUUCUGUGGCUAUUGGGUUGGGACUGUGAGCCUAGAGAGCCGGUCGAAUUCACCUCUCCAGAUGGAUUGAUCCCUGGUCCGUGUCAUUCGUGCCAAGCCACCCAUUCUCGCGAGCAAAGCAACAACGGGCAUGGACUUGGAAAAGUCCAGCCCCUGAUUAAACCACCACUCGACUUGACGUCAGCACCGCCGCUUCAGUUGUUGAUCAUAACCAUCACUGACCUGACCUGGCCGUUGACUCAUGGCGUCGACGAGUCGUAUAACCUCACAAUCCCUUCCUCCGGGUCCACAAACGCCACCCUCUCCGCCCAUACUGUAUGUGGCGCAAUGCGCGGACUGGAAACUUUUUCUCAAUUAGUGUAUUCAGAACCCUCAAUUGUCGCUUCCGGGUUGUACAUUUCCGACGUACCACUUUUUAAGCAUCGCGGGAUUAUACUAGACACAUCGAGAAAUUAUUACCCAGUGGAGGAUUUGUUGAGGCUGAUAAAGGCAAUGAGUAUGAAUAAAUUGAAUGUAUUCCAUUGGCAUAUUACGGAUUCGCAAUCAUUUCCACUGGUGCUUCCGACGGAGCCGGAGCUGGCUGGAAAAGGAGCGUACAGUGAAGAUAUGAAGUACACGAUAGAGGAUGUGAAGCUGGUGGUGGAGUUUGGGAUGGAAUAUGGGGUUCGAAUUGUGCCUGAAAUCGACAUGCCCGCACAUACAGGAUCAUGGGCUGAAGCUUGCCCUGAGAUCGUCACUUGUGCAAACAUGUUCUGGUGGCCUGCAGAAGCCAAAUGGGCCGACCGGUUUGCUUCUGAGCCGGGCACCGGUCAACUGAAUCCUUUAAGCCCCAAGACCUAUGAAGUCGUUAAAAAUGUCAUCAAUGAUGUAGCUACCAUGUUUCCUGAUUCAUUUUAUCAUGCAGGAGGAGAUGAGAUCGUUCCAAAUUGUUGGAAAGCCGACCGUUCGAUUCAAACUUUCCUUUCUAAGAAUGGAACCCUUAGUCAGAUUCUUGAAAUAUUUGUUAAUUCUACCUUACCAUAUAUUAUCUCCCUAAACCGGACAGUCGUCUAUUGGGAGGAUGUGUUAUUGGAUUCUAUUAUCAAAGUGAGUCCUUCGGUUCUUCCUCCUGAAAAUGUUAUUCUGCAAACAUGGAACAACGGGCCAAAUAACACUAAAAGAGUUGUUGCAUCUGGUUACCAUGUCAUUGUAUCAUCCUCGGACUACUACUACUUGGAUUGUGGACAUGGAGGUUUUCUUGGAAAUGAUAGUCAGUAUGAUCAGCCACCGGGUACUGAUCCAGUUAAUGGUGGAUCAUGGUGUGAACCGUUCAAAACAUGGCAAACUAUCUAUAAUUACGAUAUAACGUAUGGUUUGAGUGAGAGAGAGUCGAAGCUGGUAUUGGGAGGAGAGGUGGCAUUAUGGUCAGAGCAAGCAGACUCCACUGUUAUGGAUUCACGGAUCUGGCCUAGAGCAUCGGCAAUGGCUGAAGCAUUAUGGUCCGGGAACAGAGAUAAAACUGGAAAGAAAAGAUAUUCAGAGGCUACAGAUCGGUUGAAUGAGUGGAGAUAUAGAAUGGUUACCAGGGGAAUAGGUGCUGAACCCAUUCAGCCACUGUGGUGCGUGAAAAAUCCAGUUUUAGAGCAAGGAAACCACUCGAUCAUCAAGAUGGUUGCUAUAAUCGGAAACCAGUACGUUAAUUCUGCAAUACAGUCUAUCAAGACAGGCUUGAUCUGUGCAAGUGGCCUUGAGCUUCUUAGACUAGAGGUUAUCUGGGCAAUAUUUGCAGGAAUUGAGGACAGCAGUUUGAUGAAGAUUCUGGUGCAGUUCAAGUUAGUUUUAGUAUUCGUGCAUGAAUCAAUGACUCGAUUAACCUUUAACAACAAGCUUCUUCUAAUCAUUUAG